GCUUCCGCAAAUAGCAAACAAAAAGGGGAAUUCGGCGACAAAAGCAAUAAAGAAGGGCGCGUGGAAACAGCAAUCCCGCCCAAACGGAGGGGGGGGCAGUCGUGUAACUCUCGCUUCGGUUUUACCAACCUACUGUACCGAAGCCCACGUGGGUAA